UCGUAUUAGCACAAUGUUCACUGUCAUCUUGUCUGUGUGUGUGUUGUGCCUAGUUUGGCUUACAUUGAAGGGUUGGAGGCGAGCUCGCUCCAGUGAACAUAAGUUACCGCCCGCAAUGGAUGGCGAACUACCCAUCAUUGGUCACAUGCAUUUUUUUGUUUAUUACGUCACAAAUAUCUACAAGUUUAUGAAGAUCUUGAGUGAUGAAUGUACUAAGAAAGGAGGUGUUAUGAUCGCUAAAUUCGGCAGCGAAUUGUAUUAUUGCAUCACCGAUCCUCAGGACACUUUGACAGCUGCGAAUGCAUGUCUGACAAGGCAUUACGCCUACAAUUUUGGUGAAGUUUGGCAGGGAAAUAGCUUGCUGUUGUGUUCAGGAGAGACAUGGAAAAAUCGCCGCAAGUUACUGAACCCAGCGUUCAGCCUGCCGGUGAUCCACGGCUUCUUAGACGUGUUUAACAGUCAGGCCAAGAAACUGGUCAAUGAAUUAGAGCCUUUCGUUGGCAAAGGGACAUUUGAUCACAGCUCGUAUCUUCUAAAAACUUCAUCAGAAACACUUUGUAUUGGCACAUUUGGAAUAAAUCCAAAAGAAGCCUCGAAGUUUACCGAGAUAUACGAAAAAGCGCUUAGUGAAUUAAUAAAUCUGAUUUUAAAGAAAUUCUUAAGAUUUUGGCUGCAGAGUGCAUUAAUAUACAAGCUGUUUGGACUGAAGAAGAAGGAAGAUGAAUUAGUUAAGACUUUACACUCAAUGUCUGAAAAAGUUCUACAAGAGAAACUCCAAGCUAGAAAGAAUAAACUUGAAAAAACACAAACGAAUGGUACAGGAUACAGACCUUUCUUAGACCUAAUCUUAGACUUAUCUAAGAAUGGUUCCCUGACUUACAAACAAAUUAGAGAAGAAACUGACUCCAUCUUAUUCACUGGAACCGAAUCCACGUCCAACCAGCUGACAUACAUUCUCUUGCUGUUGGGAGCUCAUCCUGAGGUACAAGACAAGUUGUAUGAAGAAGUAGUAGAUAUUCUAUGUGCAGACAGGGAUGUAGAAAAGGAUGAUUUGAACAAACUGGUUUACACAAAUGCAGUUAUAAUGGAGUCUCUGAGAGUACUUCCAACUGUACCUAUCAUGCUUAGGAGUGUGGAUCAGGAUGUCAAACUAAAACACUACACAAUGCGUGCUGGUAGCCAAUGUGUUAUAUUUCCUCUGGUCCCUUAUUUUGACUUUGACAGCGGCACAGAAAGUGAUCACUUCAAACCGGAAAGGUGGCUGAAUGCUGACUCCAAAACACAACAGGAAUUUGCUGGAUUUGGAUUAGGGAAACGAGCCUGUUUAGGUAGAACAUACGCGAUAGUAAUGAUGAAAGUGGUACUAGCGCACUUCAUACGGCGGUACCGAGUACAAGCUGACAUGAGCCAGUUGAAGCUGUCUGUUGAUCUUCUUAUGAAGCCAACUGCAGGACACGAGAUAAAAAUUGAACGAAGAACUUGA